AUGUCCGCGGCUUGCUAUUCUCUUUCUUGCUUUUGCGUCGGGUGUGCGUACGCGGCCAGCACAUACGGUACAUACCGACCCGUACGCUCGCGCCCGGCGGGUCGAGAGCUAGAGCACCAGGCAAGGCGAGCGAGAAAGCCGCCGAACGUGUGCUGCAUGCUGGUCAUGAAAACGAUUACCUCGCAGCAAGGCGGUAUGAUCAAGUCAGACAGGAAUAAGUGCAAGUCUUGGCUUCUGCAGGCUGCUGUGCAGUCGAGCAAGUCACCUUGCACCUUUGCGGCUCUAACACCUACACCUCUGGAUCACGAGUUCAUCAUUACAUAUGCAGCAGUCGAAGCAGGUGAGACAGUCGAGGGCUGGUUUGCAGCGGCGCAGCGCGAAUGCUCAGCAACCAUGCACAAACGUACAUGCGAAGGUCUUACUCGGUUCCGCAGAGACGACUUGUCCACAUCAAUCAACUCGGCAAUUUGUGAUCGAUUAGGCCAAGCCUGCACUCUCGAGCUAAAAGUCUCGGAGCAGAGCGCAAGAGAUAUCCAAGCCCUCGGGGCCAUAGAAACGUGGCCAAAUGAUGCGCUCUGUGCCGCUGCGAGCGUACCUGCAGCAGAAGAGAAAGUUGCGAGCUUAGCGUCCACAGGGAGUCACGAGUCCCAACACCUCGCACACGUAGCCCGUCCUGCUUCAUCAGACUCAAACGAGGAAGAGGACGAGGCCGAAAGUAGCAACUAUGCUGGGGCCAGAUGAUCAUGACGUCCGUUGUGGACCGGAGUUCGAAGCUGGCAUGCUUUUUUAGCAGCAAUCACGAAUCCUGAAUCGACAAUGAGCAAGCCGCUGCAAAUCAAGAAAAGAUCCGCCGAGAAAAGACGGACUUCUUGGGAAGACCAUGCAAGAAGUCCGAACGAUCGUCACACGCGGACGCGCACACUCAAGACUUCCAUGAAGAGUUGACUCCCCGCUCAUCGUCGCUG